AUGUUUUCUACGUUUACAGUCGUUCUAGCAUGCAUUGUUCUCAUCGUUGGCAAAGGAGAAGCUUCUUCUGAUUACGAAUGCGUAGACGACGGUGUGGAAGGUGUAAAUUGCACUAAAAUUAAACUGGAAGGUAAAUGUGCACCUGAAACUGCUAUCGAAACAGAUGCUAUAUUUUGCCAGAAAACAUGCGACCUUUGUGACGUUGACAUAGAGCUGGAUACCGGUACUGGAAGAGAUCGUCCAUCUCUUGCAGAAUGA